UUUACAUGUGGUGUCGGGGUGGCUGUUCACACGUGCCUGUGCCUGUCGUCUUUGUCCUGCUUCCCAGCUCCACCGGCUGCCAUGGGCACAGCCUUCAGGGAGAGCUGACUGGAGUCUUAGCCAUUUCCUAACAGUGCAUCCCCCCUUUUUUUUUUUUUGCAGCGUCUAGUCAUUGCAUCGCGGGAGGAGUCUCAGCUUGGCUUUUGCGUGUCUUCCGAGGCACAAUGACCGGAUUCCCGUAGGCUGUACCCACCUGGAACACACAACAACACAACACAACACUGGGAGGAUGAGGAUGAGAGGAUGAGGAUGCAUCCUUCAUGGUUUCCCUUCUGGGCUCCUGCUGCACUUGUUUCUUUCGGAUGAUGCGCACCGGGAUCCUCGGGGUGUUUAUGUUUCACUCUGAUUUGGAAAACCCCCCGUCCUGCCAGGAGAUCCAUGCACCGGUUUUGUCAUAAUGUCCCCAGCAUCGGCGGCGACGGCCAGUGAAAGCAGCACCACCACCAACACCACGGUGCCCGAAGAGGAGCCGGACAGUCCCCGAGAGGAGCAACAGCCUUUGAAACAGUCCCUGAGUAAAUCGUUGUGUCAGGAAACUCAUUGGAAAUGCCUGCUGCUGUCUCUGCUGAUGUAUGGCUGCGUCGGGGCCAUGGCCUGGUGCCAGGUGACCAAGGUCACACGCCUCUCCUUUGACAGCGCUUACAAGGGAAAGUCUAUGAUGUACCAUGACAGCCCCUGUUCCAAUGGCUACAUCUACAUCCCUUUGGCCUUCCUGGUCAUGCUCUACGUGGUCUACCUGGUGGAAUGCUGGCACUGCUACACCAGGAAUGAGCUGCAGUACAAAGUUGAUGUGGACAAUGUGGCAGAACGCAUUCAGCGAAUGCAGCAGGCAACACCCUGCAUCUGGUGGAAGGCCAUCAGCUACCACUAUGUCAGGAGGACACGCCAGGUGACAAGAUACCGUAACGGAGAUGCCUACACCACUACGCAGGUCUACCAUGAGCGUGUCAACACCCACGUGGCUGAGGCAGAAUUUGACUAUGGGAACUGUGGGGUUAAAGACAUCUCCAAACACCUGCUAGGCUUGGAGGGCUUUCCAAUCACCAGACUAAAGUUCACUAAGUGCUUUAGCUUUGCUAAUGUGGAGUCGGAGAACUCCUACCUGACCCAGAGGGCCCGGUUCUUCACAGAGAAUGAGGGUCUGGAUGACUACAUGGAGGCCCGUGAGGGGAUGCACCUAAAGAAUGUAGACUUUAAGGAGUAUAUGAUUGCCUUUUCAGAUCCUAAUAACCUCCCGUGGUAUGCUUCAAACUCGACUUUCUGGGUGGCAGCUGCUUUCACCCUCUCCUGGCCUCUACGGGUGCUGAUGGAGUACCGUACUGCCUGUGCCCACUAUCAUGUGGAGAAACUGUUUGGCUUUGACUAUGUUCCAGUAACACCAUCUGAGGAGAGGCCGUAUUGCCGUCACAUCCCACGAGUCAACACAAUCGACAGCACAGAGCUGGAGUGGCACAUCCGCUCCAACCAACAGCUGGUGCCCAGUUACUCAGAGGCAGUCCUCAUGGACUUGGCCCAGCUCUCCGGGAGUUGCAACAGCUACUCCAUAUGUGGUGGCUAUGGAAGCUACAGGCAAAACUGUGAACGGUGCCACCGAGCCAUGAGCAGCUCCUCUAUCUUCUCUCGCAGUGCCCUCAGCAUCUGCAACACCGGAAGCCCCCGCAUCCCGUUCAGCGCCAGCCGCUUCUCACUGGGUCGACUGUACGGCUCAAGGCGGAGCUGCCUGUGGAGGAGCAGCGGGAGCCUGAAUGAGCAGUCCUGCCCCACAGAGAGCACUCACUGUCUGUCAGGACAACAGAACAGUGAGGAGAACCCUCCAGCGUACCAGGAUGCGCUGUACUUCCCAGUGCUCAUUGUACAUCGCAACGAAGGCUGCCUCAACCAUGACCAUCGCUCCCUGCACAGAAACGGCUCCUGUGUUGAGACAUCUCUAUGAUCCGCAGCUGACCUGAACAAGGAAUAAUAAUGACACGGGAAAAGGCUGAGAACCCUUAAUAAUAUGGGUCACAAAGAUGUGCACUUCUGCUGUCCCUUUUACAAAAAUGAUAAAUCACCCAUAACAUACCGUAAAAAAGGGUUUCCUAGUAAGUAAAAAUACUGUCACCUCAAAUCAAGAGGGAAUAAAGUAUGUGUGGGAACAUCUCCAACAAGUCAGGGAAAACAGACUUAAUGCUCAUGACGAGACUGUUUGAAAAUAUUGUGGCUUUAAGGAACAUAUUGCCAAAGUGUCGCAUACAGCCCUAGCAUCUUUAACGGCAUGUCAUGUAACCAUCUAAUACCAAGAGGACUCAAUUACUACUGUAAUUGUAAUACUGUAAUUACUACUGUUUAUAGAUCUUAGUCAUAGAAAUUUUGCAAGGAUAUGAAUAACACUUGAGUAUUUAAAGCCUCAAAUGGGUUUUGAUUCAUGAGUAGCCUAACAAUUUGCCACGAAAUGGAUGCUGUAUGCCAAGUCUAGAUGCCCGAAUGUGAAAAGUACAAACAUAGACAAAGUCUCAUGUGAUUCAUGUGAAAUGUAUGAAUCAUGACUGGAAAAUUCAAAGAUAUCAGCUUGCUUGUUUAAGCAAAAUUAACAAGCCUGAAUCAUUUUGAUGGAAUAAACAAGUGUAGUGGCUCUCAUGAACUAAUGUGAACUGAAGUCUAAAAUUCAAACAUCUGCAUAUAAAACAUACUGAUGCAGUUUGAGCUCAGUAACUCUACUGGAAGGAAAUACAUUUAGAUAAAAAUAAACAUCUGAUGCUGUGGCUUGGUUGCAAUGACAUUAUACUUCCUGGCUUGCUAAAAAUAGCAACAGAGCUGAUGAAUAAUUUAUUACAGGAGGGCUAAAGGACACACAAACAUCAAAAUGAAUCUGCAAUUCUUCAAACUCUUGCUAUAUGACUUUAAAAUGAAAAUUUUGCAGAAUGGCCAUCUAUAUCCUAAUAAACCUCACAUAAUAUUAAUGAACCUGUAUUAAUUUGUUUAGUUUAAAAUCUUAAAGAUUCAUUCUGUUUCUUAUUUGGCAAUAGUUCUAUUCAGCCUACCUCUUUAUUUAAGUGCCUAGUUAUCAGCUGUUUUUAAGAAACAUAAUGUAUCAUUAUUUAAAAGUCAUCUCAUGUCAACUUCCAUUAAAAAAGUAAAAGUUACACUAACAGUAGCACAAGGGAUACUUCAUACCAGAAACACUUAACAGGGAGAUACUAUACAACAUCUUAUGAUUGUUAAAGAAUAAGGCCCUAAAUGUAUUUCAUAUGAAUUUUCUUCAUAUUGUAACUUGGCUCUUUUAGCUGGCUCUGCGCUGCUGCUGAUGCAUAUCAGAGAGACAGCCAGAGAGCUGGCCAUCAAAGACGCCUAAAAUAGGCAGAGGCCUGGAUUCACUACUGAUAGUGUCAGAUUUAAUAAUAUGACAGGAUUACUUAAAAUAAGUACAAAAAAAAAAAAAAAAAAAAACAAUUUCUACCGCAGCUGAGUGCAUGCAGUAUCCUAGUCACAAUAAAUUUUGUUUUACAGGCAUGCAAUGCAGAACAAUAAAUGUCCAAAGUGAAUCCAGAAAUAUAAACCAGGCAUGCAAGAUUUUAAAGUAGUUGCCAAUUUUUUCCAGUAAAUUUUUUGCACAGAAACUCAAAAUGUGCUUUAUUUUUUCCAUUCUUCGAAACUUGUGUGGUCUUUUAGCACUAUCUUGGAUGAAAAAUAAGCAUAGGACUCAUUCCAUAGACCUUUAUGUGCAGACCAGCCUUCAUCUCACGAGGCCUGCAGUAAAACACAUACUGACAUGGAUCACUGGCAGAUUUUUUUUCCUGCAAUUUAAGACAGACUAAAUUAAAAACCAUAACAUUUCCAGGAAUAGUAAAUAUCAGAAUCUCGCCUGCAGUCAGACAGUCUGUGUUUCUAAGUCGCCUUCACAGUAAUGGGCUUGUUAAUGGUGACCAAUUAGCCAUACUCAUUACAUUCCACUUUUGGUGUUCACUGGAGUUGAUGACUAUCUUUAUAGCAAUACUUGAGGAUGUAGGAAAUGAAUGGGAGUAAAACAUGAUACAUGAAAAGAUUUUUUUGGAUAUCAUUAGUUACAAAUGAUCAGUUUGGGUUGAAAAUUUUGUGAUUUCAUAUGUUUUGUCAUCUAUGGAAGCUCCUUAAACUCAGGAUAGCAUUCAGGGCAAGGAUUUACAUACAAGAACAUCCUAAAAACUGGUUAUAAUUACUUUAAUCUAAGAGGCAGCCACAUCAUUUAACUUUGUUUUGCCAGGAUGAAUUAUAACCAGCUCACAUUAAAUUUAUGGGGCUUGCGACCAUAGAGUUUUGUUUUAAACCAGGACAUGGUUACACCCAUCAUUUAUAAACCCACUUGUACGUAUGUGUAUUUGCAUUAAGAGGAGGAAAUAAGUGAGUGGUUUAUUCAUGGUACAUCACACAAUUUGUUUGGCAACACAUAACAGCAAUUUUCAAGCUAUAUUGAUCAUAAUGAGAUGCAGGGAUUGAGGCUCUUUGACUGAACUAUUUUAUCCAGUUAUUUAAAUUUGUUGGAGAAGAACCCACAUUAAAGUCCGAGAAAAGUGAAAUGUAUAUGUCCUAAAAUCCCACCUGAAACAAAUGUUAUUGCUGUUAGUCAUCAUUUUCUGUAAUUCAUGACUAGUCAAUAAGCCUCUUGGAUGGAAUCACUGUGAUAUUUAUAUAUACUCAUUUCUAAGAAGAGAAAAAAUGUUUACCAGUGCAAUGUUUACGCAAAAAUGGUGACAAAAAAAAAACAAACAAUAAAAGUGGACAUUUGAAAUGGUUAUGAAACUCACAGGAAGGGUUCAUGUACAGUGACUAAACAUUUUUCCACCAUAGAUGACUGUUAACAUAAAGGCUUUGAUCAUGCGAAGCACUGAACCCUUUAUCAUGUGUUUUAAGUAGAAUAGUUUGUUAUGAUAUGUACUCUUUCACUACAGAAUGCUUUGAAGCUUGCAUUUUUUUAUUCAAAUAAUUGUGUGGGUUUUCCAGAUUGUAGAGCAGAAAUAAUUUGUACUGUGUAUAAAAUGGAGAUGGGAGGUUAGAAUGACAGUGGAAGUGAUCUUAGCUUAGCUGAAUGUUUUGUACACACUUAAAAACAACUGGAGCUGAGACGUUUUUAAUGCUCAGAUG